GACACCCUCCUUCCCUCCUUCCCUCCCUCUUCACGCCGUGCCGUCCGCCCGCCCGCCCGCCCGACCACCCCCGGCCAUCGUCAUUUCCGUCAACAUCAUCGUCAUUCACCGGCACGCACGCACAUACAUACACACACCCCUUCGCACAACCAUGGCCGCGAGCCCGACGCCCCCCCUCCUCCUCACCAAGCGCCUCAACGCCUUCCUCCACGCAAACACCACGCCCGCGCUGCCCACGCUGCUCCUCACCACCGCCCACGGCAAGCUCCUCGCCCACGCGAGCCCCCACCCCGUCGCCCUGCUGCGCACCCACGCCACCGUCGCCGCCUCCCUCCUCGCCAUCCACACCUCCUCCUCCGUCGACCUGCCCUCGGCCCUGCCCGGCGCGCGCACCCCCGUCGACCCCGGCGCGAGCUCCCCCGUCCGCGAUGACGACGACGAUGACAGCGUAACUGAGGACGACGACAACGAGGGCGUGCGCGGUGCGGCGAACCGCGGGCUCCUCCACCAUACUGCGAGAACGCGCCGCCGCCGCGGGGGAGCAGGGCACCACCACCAGCACGGCUCCGAGGACGACGACAACGACGAGGACGAGCCCGAGACCCGCGCCCGCUCGCGGAGACGCAGCGCCACCAAGCCCGUCAAGCCCGUCACCAUCACCGUGCAGCUCAGCGGCGGCACCGUCAUCAUCAGGCGCCUGCGCUGCGGCCUGCUCUUCGUCGCCGUCGGGCCCUCGGCGCACGACUACCACCCAUCCGACCGCCCGCACCACCAUAACAACAACAACAACAACAACAACAACAACCACAAUUAUCAUCAUCACCAACAACACCAACACCAACACCAGCAACAACAACAACAACAACACAGUCACCACCACAACAACAACAACAACAACGCUCAAGAAAACGGCGACCUCCUCGCCGGCAGCCCCAGCGAGGUGGAGAGCCUCGUCAGCGCCGGCGGCCAGACCACCACCAGCCUCGAGAGCGUCGGCGCCGCGUCCGUCGUUGCCAUGCGCCGCCACGCCGGCGACCUCGCGCGGUGGCUCGACGACAAGCUCGGCACGCUGCAGGUGCCGGCCGAGGACGGGUCCGUCGCGGCCGACCAGUGAGUAGUAGCGUCCUUUUGCAUGAUACGAGGAGAGUCGAGGUCAGGCGAGGCCAGGCGAGGCUCUGGGGUGAUUUUUUCUUUUUCCUUUUUGACGCCCGGCGCGGGGACACUGAGUCCGGGGG